GGCAUCACCACAGACAUUUAUUUUCCAGAAAUGUUGAACAUCAGUGGAACAUUACUUUAAUCCAUCCAAUAGCUUUCAAAAUAUGUUAUUUCUUCAUGACAAAUGUCAACCUCAUGGUGGCGCUAUAGAAGAAAAGUUGGGGCUCAUAAAAUCAAUAAGAUUCAUCCUCUGGGAUCCAUAAAUGUCUCUACAAACCUUCAUGGCCAUCCAUGGAUAUUGGAUGGAUAUUACAGUCUGAGCUAAAGUGGUGGACAGACUGACAUCUUUGUAAACUCACAAACUAAGCAUCAAUUUAGUUUACAUGUACCCCCCCCCCCCCAUACAUUAUAUAGACAUCAGACAUGUUGAUGUUUUAUGAAAUGUCAAAGUACUCAAGUCCUCAGUGAAGGAUAUAAAUGAUUGCAUGUCGGAUGAAAAUCAUUUGCAGCAUUUCAGGUGCAGCUGAGGGGCAAUUAAGAAACCGGCAGAGUGGUUCCCAGCGUGCCGCAUUAUAAGCUUGCCUCCCAGUCCCAGUCCUACUGGUAAGUGCCCCUCUGUGUUGAAUGAGCCAGCAGUCGGCUCACAUGAAGCCCCCCAGUUGCUCAAGUCUUCCCCUGCAGCCACAGAGCGAGCAGGAAGUGCAGCUCGCCUCUCGCCUCGUCUCAUCAAUGCAGCUUUCAUUCUCCCUCGCUGGGGCAAGAUGGAAGCUGUACAAAAGGACCACUGGUACUUCGUGCUACUCUUCUGUCUUCAUUUUCCUAAAGUUGCUGUCCAGCAGAUGGAGACCGCUCCGGUCCGCCUGGAGGAGGGGAUGGUUCUCAACUGUUUGUGCCCCUGGGACGGCAGCCUCAGCAUGGUGUCCUGGAACAAAGUACCGGACAAGGAUCCGAUAGCCAUUUUACAUCCAGAGUAUGGAGUGACCUUUGCUCACCAAUACCGGGAGAGGAUCGACUUCCUGCGGACCACGCCGAUGGAUGGAAGCAUUUCCAUGACGAAUGUAACUCACCAGGAUAUCGGGGUCUACCACUGCUCGGUUCAGACCUUCCCCCAAGGCCCCUGGACAAGAAACAUUCAGGUGGAAGACUUAGAUGAGCCCCCAGAGGAAAACGACGGCACAGAGCCGCCCAGUCCAGAGGGGAUCAAGACCGACACAGAGUUGGUGGCAGAGCCAAACGUCAACCUGACCAUCAGCUGUAACCACGAGCACAAUGGUACCAUCUACCAGGUCAUUUUGGAGAGGAUGCCGCAUGGCCAGCCCUGGGGCAUCAUCGGAGUGUGUAAGCAGGUGGAAGGGGGCCUGUUGAGCGAGGACUACAGCGACAGGGGCCACGUCAGCUGUACAGACAGCCUGGAUGUCAGUCUGCACCUGACAGCUGUGGUGCAGGAAGAUGGCGGUUUCUACCGCUGUAGCUUCAGCACAGAUGCAGGGUGGCAGACCACCACUGUGCUGCUCACUGUGCCACCUCCAGGUGGAUUCAGCCUAUCCUUGUACAUGAUAUAUAUUUAUAUUGCGGCUGGAGCUGCUGGGCUUAUUCUACUCAUUGUUGUCAUCAUACUAGCAUUGAAGCACAGGAAGAAGAACCGGAGAGAGGAGUACCGAGUCCAACUGCACCCAUCUCAGAGACAGCCAAACCUCUAUGAGAACAUCUCUGUGUGUCCCAGGAUGGCGAAGAAGUCCAGGCAUAUAAAGAGUUGCCCGCUUUAUGCCAACCUGCCGCCUGUGCGAUCACACACAACCAAACGUCAGCUCUGUGAUAAAUGAGCAUACAUAAAUAGGAUGUAUCAUGUCAUGUGAAUGUGUAUUUUAUUUUUUUACAAACAAAACAGAUUCAUCUACACUUGUGCACAUUCUCUAUUUUAGCCACAUCAAUAUUCCAUCAUGGAAAGAUGAAAACAUGUUUUUUUUAAAUCCCAAACUGAAGCUGUCAUUCACAUCAGUAUUCAGACUCUUAGCUGUGACCAGGUGCAUCCUGUUUGCUCUAAUUAUCCCUGAGAGGUUCUGGAGCUUGAUUGGAGUCCACCUGUGACUAAUUGCAUUGAUUGGACACAGUUUAGAAAGGUCUCACUCUGCGUGUCACUUCGGCAACACAGUGUGCAAAGCAGUCUGAAUACCUUUCUGAAUGAACAUAUAUUAUCAAGCGCUAAUUCUAAUUAUUUCUUCUGGAUAAGACGCACACUGAUUAUUAUUCAUGUUGUGGUUCAGCAUGACUUAACAAGCUGGUGCUCAUGUAAGCCUCAGAGAGCUGACGGGUUUGUUUGUGUCCAACCCCGCUCCCACUAAUUAAAUAUAUUGUGUCCUUCAUAAUUACUGUUAAGGAAAUUGUUUGUUUUGUGCAAAAACAAUAUUUGACAGUAACCGUUAUGCAGACAAAAUCCUGUAUAAUCAUUCUUUUCACUUCCCUAAAGCCCAGAGUAAAACGAUUGACAAAAGCCUGUGUAAUUGCUCUCCUUUUACUUUCAUCCCUCCUGGUUUCCAUUCAAAGCUUGACAAUGACGUCUAAUCAUUUAACGGAAAAGAAAGGCAGUCACUCAGCACUGUACCAUCACUUGAGACUCUCGCUUUCCCCCAAAGGGCUCUCCGUCUAGGAUGGCUGCAUUCUCGUUACAGCAUGCUCUUAUUGUGAAAGCUAAACCCUAAUUAGAUAACCCUGAGCUUUAGUUUCCAGCUCCUUAUUUGUCUAUCAACUGUUUGUUGGUGAAUGUGUUGCUUCCAGUUUUACUCUGCGUUUCUGAAAAUAUAAUUGAAAAGUCUUUUUUUUAAUGAUAAGCUGUCAUGUUUUCCAAGUAAUAUUUAUUUUGUUACAUUUCUUAGCUCUAGGCUUCUGUAAAUAAAUAUUUAAGGUUUUUUGUAGUUCUAUUAAGCUGUGUUGUUUAUGUGUAAUGUGAUUCAUUUAUCUCCAUAGAAAUGGAGGCAGUGGCAGAGGCAGUAAUGGAGACGCAGGCUAUCCUGCUAGGAAACGAGACAAAUGUGGACAAGCUAGAUAUGUGAAACUUAGAGGGACAAUAUAGUUGGAACCACACAUUUUUACCCCCAAUGUCUCAUCUUGAUGCUUCUAACAAAACGGAAGAAGCUGCAACUGUUUGUUUGACUGAUAUUGUAAUGCUGUGUGUUCCCAGCAGUACUGAUGUGUGUGACUGGAGAUACUCCCAUGUGGUAUAAAUAAAACAACGUCAUAGCCA